CUGAAUGUUUGAAAGUGGCGGGCAGAAACAAGAGCUCUUCUCUGGUCCUAGUAAACGAGCAAAGGAUUAAAUUUUAUCCAGUAACAUGUAAAAUUAAUUGUUACACGAAAGUAAAUGUUUACGUUUUUGCCUCGUGUUAGUGUUUUCUGUUGUUAUACAGGAUUUGUCAAUCUACUUUUCGAAAUAUUUGAUCAUUAGCACUGAAAGAAACUUGAAAAGUUGUUGAUUGGAAGCUUUCAUCAUGACAAAUGAGGACGGGAAAGCGAUCCCGGUGCGGGUUGCCUUGCGAUGUCGCCCACUGGUACCUAAAGAAGUCAACGAGGGAUGUCAGUGCUGUCUUACUUAUGUGCCUGGGGAGCCACAGGUGAUUGUUGGCACAGAGAAGGCAUUCACUUAUGAUUAUGUGUUUGAUCCCUCUGCUGAACAAGAAGAAGUCUUCAAUACAGCUGUGUCCUCCUUACUACUAGGUCUUUUCAAAGGCUACCAUGCUACAGUUCUUGCAUACGGACAGACGGGAUCAGGAAAGACCUAUUCGAUGGGAGGAACAUACACAUCAGCCCAGGAGAAUGACCCUUCAGUUGGAGUCAUUCCCCGAGUUAUCAAAAGGAUCUUUGCAGAGAAGGAGAAGAGAACUGACUGUGAAUUCUGCCUGGCAGUCUCCUAUCUGGAGAUCUAUAAUGAAGACAUUUUAGAUUUGUUGUGUUCAUCUAAAGAUAAACCUGCCCUCAGCAUUCGGGAAGACCCUAAAGAUGGUAUUAAGAUUGUUGGGUUAACUGAGAAGCGGGUGUUUACUGACUAUGAGAUGGUGGGCUGUCUGGAGCUUGGAAACUCUGCUCGCACCGUGGGCUCCACAGCCAUGAAUGCUGCUUCUUCACGUUCCCAUGCCAUCUUCACUAUCACACUGGAGCAGCGCAAAGGGCUAGACAAGGCAGAUUCAGUUGUUUCAAAACUGCACCUUGUGGAUUUGGCUGGUUCGGAGAGACAAAAGAAAACGAAAGCAGAGGGUGAUCGAUUGAAAGAAGGCAUCAGCAUCAAUCGGGGCCUUUUGUCUCUGGGUAACGUGAUCAGUGCCUUGGGGGAUGAAAGCAAAAAGAACACCUUUGUUCCAUACAGAGACUCAAAGCUCACCCGUCUGCUACAAGAUUCUUUGGGAGGCAAUAGCCACACUUUGAUGAUUGCAUGCGUCAGUCCUGCUGACUCAAACAUGGAGGAAACCAUCAACACACUGCGAUAUGCUGACAGAGCUCGCAAGAUUAAAAACAAACCUAUUGUUAAUGUUGAUCCCAGAGCGGCUGAAAUGAACCGACUGAAACAGCAGGUUCAGGAGUUGCAGGUGAUGCUACUGCAUGCACGAGGAGGGGUAGCUCCUGUGCUCUCUGGGCCGGAGUCGGCAGAGAAUGUAACUAAACUGCUGGAAAGGAAUCGCGCUCUGCAGGAUGAGAACAAUAAGCUGAGCAGAGAAUUGAGUGAAGCAGCUGGACAGACGGCACUCAUGUUUGAGAAAAUCAUAAUGACGGAACAAACCAAUGAUAAACUGCAAAGCAAACUGGAGCAACUUCAGCACCAUGCAGCAUGUACAGUUAAUCUUGAGAAAGUGUUGGAGACACUGGAGGACCAGGAGCUGAAGGAAAACGUUGAGGUUAUGAAGAACUUGCAAGAUAUAAUCUUGGAGCUUAGGAAUGAGAGUGCAGACAUCGCUGCUUCUAUCGACGCCAUGGCUGCUGGAGAAGAAGCACCUGAGGUGACUGGAAGUGGUGGUAAAAACAAAGCAGAUGCUUCCCCAUCGGAUGGCACUGCGUUGAAGGAUUCCCCAGAGGGCUUUACAGCGCAUCAUGCACUGCGUCAAGCCCAGCUCUCCAAAGAGCUGAUUGAACUCAACAAAGUGUUAAGUUUGAAGGAAGCUUUUGUGAAGAAAAUGUGUGAGAAUGAUGGUCAGUUGGAGGAGGUGCAAUCAGAGCACCAGAAAAAUGUCCAAACACUGCAAUCUUCAGUGGAUUCGUUGCAGAAGGAGAAGGAGGAUCUCAUUCUGGCUCUUCAGUCUGCAAAGAAGGACAUUAACCAGGCAAAGCUUAGUGAGCAGCGAAGGAAAAGACUGCAGGAGCUUGAGGCCCAGCUUGUGGACAUGAAGAAGAAGCUUCUUGAUCAGUCUAAACUGCUGAAAGUCAAAGAAUCUUCUGUUCAGAAAGUUAGCAAGCUCGUGCAAGAGAUACAGGCUAUGAAGACCCAGCGUACACAACUAAUGAGGCAGAUGAGGGAGGACUCUGAAAAAUUCAGACAAUGGAAGAGCAAGAAGGACAGGGAGGUCCUGCAGCUAAAGGAAAAGGAUCGUAAAAGACAGUAUGAGUUGCUAAAACUUGAGAGGGAUUUCCAGAAACAGGCCAACGUCCUACGACGUAAAACUGAAGAGGCAGCAGCUGCAAACAAGAGACUGAAGGAUGCCCUGCAGAGGAGAAAUGAAGUAGCAGAGAAGCGCAAAGAUGUUCACAACAGAGGCAUCGAGGGAGCUGCUGCACGAGUUAAGACGUGGCUUCUCAAUGAGGUGGAGGUGAUGGUUAGCACAGAGGAGGCUCGACGCCACCUCAGUGAUUUGCUGGAGGACCGAAAGGUGUUGGCUCAAGAGAUCAACCACCUCAAACAGCAGAUCGAGGCUGGGGAGAGACCUGCGCCAAAAAUUAGGCGUCGGACACUGAUCAUCUCUGAGCUGGAGACCCAGGGGGCGCUGGAAACCCCUCUGUCUAAACAGGUGCAAAACUUGGAGACAGAAAUGGGCCUCAGGAAUGCCCAAAUAGCUGACCUGCAGCAGAAAGUGCUUGUUGCAGAUGGCGAGGGACGUUUAAAACAACGUAUAGAUGGCAUCACAAGCAUAGUUGAUGCCAAGAGUGCACUCAGGGUCCUUAUGUCUGAGCUGGUGUCAGCUAAAACAACAUGUGCCAAGCUGGAAAGUGAGGUGAAACAGGAAAAAGGAAACGCACAAGAUUUAAGAAAGAUGCUCGCUGAUGAGAGAAAUGUGAUGUCAACAAUGGACAUGGAGCACCAGCAUCAGCUGGUUGAACUAGAACAGAGGCAUCAAGAGAAGGUUCUUUAUCUCCUUAACCAGCUAAAGAGCAAACCAAUAUGUAAAGAACCAGAUGAGACCAAACAGGCAGAUGAGGCCAAGUCAAAGGAGAGGGAGCUUCUCCAGCGCCUCAAAGUUCAGGAGGAAGAGCUUGAAAAGCUGCGAGUGUUAAGUGAGCAGAACCAGAAACUGGUGGAGCAGAAUGACCAAUACAGACAGAAAUUUUCCUUAAUUCACCUUGCAAGUGGGAAGAAAGCCAUUCUGCCUACAACCAACAAUGAAAGAAGCCCAGAUGACUCAUUUGAAUAUGUUCCUCCAAAACCUAAACCGAAGCGCAUCACCACCGCUAAACCUCAGCUCAACAUGGACAUCGACUUAGCAGACCUGAUGUCACCCAGUGAGGAUGAAAAAGAAGAGGAAGCGGACGAGUGGCGACCUGAGAAGGGACGAAGAGUCUCAAGGAAACCCAAAUCAACUGGGUGUGCAUGUAAAGGUCGCUGCAGCAACAAGCAGUGUAGGUGCCGAAAAGGGAAGAUGACAUGUGGGGAGAACUGUCAGUGUGAUCACAAGAAAUGCCGAAACUUGGAUAACCGGGUGCCUGCUGAGGAUGUAAACCACUCAGAAAGUGUUUUCAGAGACUCUGCAUCCCUCCAGGACCCGACAAACAACAGCCCUGAAAACUGCACUUUCUUUAAGCCCCCAUCUUGCACUCCCACAAAGAAGGUGCUAAAGGAAAUCGGAGACAUGGGUCAGAGCACUGCAGAGCUGAAACCUCUUUUGGCAGAUGAAGAGGGACUGGAAGAUGAGGAGGAGGUGGAGGAAGACAGAACAACAGCCAGCUUCCUCAAAAAGAAGAAGCGACUCCUGACCAGCUUUCAAAACAGUUUUUUCUCCGGAUGUACUCCAAUUAGAGAGGAAUCCUAAGGACAUGUGGUAGACCUUGUUUAUAUUAGCUGUUUGUCUUUUUUCCCCAGUGUUUUUAUGUUGUAUGUGACUAAACUGUUGUGUACUGUAGUGUGAAAUUAGACACACUUUUAUGUGUUUGUAGAGGUAACAAGAGGACUGAUUGGCUUUGAAUGAGUUGCAGGAAUUCACAAUGACAUGAACAAGGAGCUUGUACAUAACUUAGUUUUUCACUAACAUGGAAUAUCAACACACACCAUCUAUUAUCAGACUCAAGGUUUUCACUGUUUUUAGUGUCAGAUUAAUAAAGUCUUAAAGUCAAAUCUUGA